AUACACAGUUACUGUUCUUCUCUCACGUUUAUUGCUGAUUAAAUUACAUUCUAUGUUCUGUCACAGUCUGUCAUUAUCUGACCGAUAAGAAGUACAUUUAUAUGAUAAUAACAUCGCAGAUAGAACCAAACUAGAUUUAGUUACGUUAAAUAAAAUUUAAAGUUCAGUCCUGGAGUGUUAAAAGUUAAAACGAUGGAAGACACAAGUUUUCAGGGUAAACGCGCACUUGUCACCGGAGCGGGCAAAGGUAUAGGUCGAGCUAUAGCAGUAAAGUUAGCCAGUCUUGGUGCCAAGGUAUAUGGUAUUAGUAGAACACAAUCUGACCUUGACAAUCUUAAACAACAGGUUCCGUCGAUAGAAACUCGUUUUGUUGAUAUAUCCGACUGGGAUAAUACUAGAAAAGUUGUUGGAGAGCUUGGACCAAUAGAUCUGUUGGUCAACAAUGCUGGUAUUACAAACUGGACAGGCUUCCUUGACGUCACAAAAGAGGAAUUAGACAAUUUGCAUGACAUCAAUUUCCGUGCCGCAUUCAACAUUUCUCAGGUGGUUGCUAGAGGAAUGGCUGAACGUGGAACAGGUGGCGCUAUUGUUAAUAUUUCAAGCAUCGCUGCAAUGCGUGUAGUUCCGAAUCAUACGUGCUACUGUACAGCAAAAGCUGCCCUGGAUAUGUUGGCAAUGACCCUUGCAUACGAGCUAGGUCCUAAAAAGAUUCGUGUAAACAGCGUAGAUCCGACUAUUGUUCUAACGGAGUUAGGUAAACGAGGAUGGAGUGAUCCAGUAAAGAAAGCCAAUGCCAUUGCUAAGAUACCCAUUGGACGUUUGGCGGAAGAGGAAGAUGUGGUGAAUGCAACGAUAUUUUUGUUGAGUGAUAAGUCUUCUAUGAUAAACGGAGCAAUAUUGCCGGUAGAUGGCGGUAUGGUUGUGAGCUGUGUGUGAUACAAGCAAACUGACAGAAUGUCCAUCAAACGGCUUUAUAUGAUUCUAAAAUUGGAUGCAAAAUUUGAUUAGAAAUAUUUUUCAUUGUAGCUAUUAAACUGUAGCAUUGAUUAAUGAUCCAAUCUAAAGCUAGUUAAAAAUUGUAUGAUUGAAUAAUUUAAAUGAUAUAAACUUGUAUUGCUUUCUUUUGAUACAAUUAUUUGAAUGAACCUGAUAUAUUUGUGAACGCUUUAAAAUAUUAUGUAAUUGUAGUAAAGUUAUUCUAUAGCCCA